AUGACCCAUGGUUAUGAAACAGUAUUAUUGAGCAAGAGAUUUCAAAACACUUUCCUUCCACCCUCUCCUUCUGAUUUCCUGUGGAAAAUGCAUGAGCUCUUCUUUGUCCUGGUGACAUGCACAGUAGGUGCCUCUGCUUUCAGACUCCAGCAAGUCAAAAACACAGAAAACUGCCCAGAUCACACAGUGUUUUUCAAACACUACUAUGAACUGCAUGGAGAACCUGUGGUUCUGAAAUGCCCUUCCCCCAGAUACAAACAUUUGGAUUUGUCUGCCUUGGCCCCUAAUAUCACAUGGUAUAAAAAUGGUUCAAACACCAUGAUAUCAGGAAGAGAUGAAGAUUCAAGAAUCCGGGCGAAAGGAAAUGCUCUCUGGUUUUUACCAGUGAUGCUAGAAGACUCAGGAGUAUAUAUCUGCACAAAAAGGAACUCCUCCUACUGCGCUGAGGUCUCCAUCCACCUCACAGUUGUGGAGAAAACAGCUGCUCGGGAGAUUGCCUAUCCCCAGAUCCUCUUCACUUUCACCUCUGGAAAGAUUGUUUGUCCUGACCUGUGGGAUUUUACACCAAACAGGACAAGCCUGGAGCUCAAGUGGUACAAGGAUACUCUGCCUUUGGAAGAUGACAAUGAAAGAUUCAUCAUUCUGAAAGAUUCAGCAUCUCUGAUCAUGACAUCUGUGCUACCAACAGACGCAGGGUAUUACACCUGCAAGAUGUCAUUUCCAUUUGAAGGUGUGGCAUAUGAAAUCACCCGGACAAUUCAACUGGAGACUGUUGAACAAGAGAAGAGAAUUACCCCGAUAAUUGUGUAUCCAGCCCAAAAGACAACAUCAGCUGCUCUUGGCUCCAAGAUGACUCUCCCAUGCAAAGUGUUUGUUGGGCUGAGCAGCCAUUUCCAAACUGAUGUAGAAUGGCUGGCAAAUGACACCAGUGUUGACGUGGUUUAUAAACAAAGCAGAGUUACAGAGGGGGAACGACAAGAAAUUGUAGAAAAUGGGGAAAACUUCAUUGAAGUACCACUGAUUUUUGAUUCUGUUGAAGAAGUGGACUUUUAUACAGACUUUACCUGUCUGGCCGAGAACAGAUAUGGAUACCAAGUACUGCCAACAAGGGUCAAGCAGGAAGCUGUUGGUCUGUCUUGGUACAUUGUGGUGAUACCUGUUGCACUGGCCUGUGCGAUCGUGGGAGGAAUAUACAUGCACAAGUGCUGGAAAUGGAGAGCUGAUAAAGGAUAUACAAUACCAAAGGUUUAAAAUCCACUUGGUUCUCCAACUGCCAAAAGAACAAAAAAUCACCCUGGCUGUCUUUCACAUCAGACACAGACAGCAUUUCAGUCCCCAUAUACUGAAUUCCCAACAGACUGAUAAUAACAGCUCAUUCCCACUUUUCCCAGUCUUCUAUGAUCUGAUGAAGUUAAGAAUAUAAGUUUGCAUUUUUAUGCUGCUUAGAUGCAGGAAAUCUGGUUCUAUUAUUUUGCACCAAGGGUGCAAUCUGUAGAAUUUUGGAACACAAAAUCGUGGUCUGGAUAUGGGAAGGGCAGGGAAAGG